AUGAAACCAUCUAAACUGCAAGAUCAUCUGAGAAGAUGCGACCCUGAUAAAACAGAGAAUGAUUUGAAAUACUUUCAAACAUUCAAAGAUAAAUUUCAGAAGAGACCUACACUGGCCAGAAUGUUCGCUUCGACGUCACAAAGAAAUGAUGAUGGUUUGCGGGCGUCUUACAAUAUCUCGUUACUUAUAGGAAAAUCCGAAAAAACCGCAUACUAUCGGAGAGAAGUUAAUUUUGCCAGCCGUUGA